UCUAUCGUAGUGCUGCAAGGAGCAGCGAACCGUAAGUAGUUUGGUAUGAUACGCACGGUGAUUCUCGUUUGUUUUCUGCUUCAGCUCUUGACCCGGGCCUUUGUACAUUCUCAGGAUAGAAAUGGAAGGCAAGUUUGGCCAGUGCCUUACAGACGGUUUGAUCGUCGCCCAGAAGCGGACUCAUACUGUCAGGCUUUAUAUCCUUUCUGUCCGACUGGUGACCCAGAUGGCCGUAUACCGUACGUGAGAGACUCGGACAUCAUUUCAGUGUUUCGACUUCAAACUCCAGUAUGGGAAUUCAAAUAUGGAGAUCUUUUGGGGAAGUUUCAUAUCAUGCAUGAUGCUAUCGGCUUCAGCAGCACUGAGACAGGAAAGAACUACACCAUGGAAUGGUACGAGCUGUUUCAGCUGGGUAACUGCACUUUUCCCCACGAAAGAUCAGAUAAGGAUGCCCCCUUUUGGUGUAAUCAAGGAGCAGCCUGUUUCUUUGAGGGGAUAGAUGACAUGCACUGGAAACAGAAUGGCACCUUGGAAAAAGUUGGAGAAAUUUCUGGUGAGCAGUUUAAUGAAAUGGCUCGAUGGGUACAAGAGGACAACGAGACUGGAAUUUACUACGAGACCUGGACAGUGCGGUCAGACCCUGGUCCCAAUUCCACAGUGUGGUUUGAAUCCUACGAUUGCUCACAGUUUGUGCACCGCACAUACAGAAAGUUGGUAGAGCUUGGAGCUAAGCUGUCUAGCAAGACCCAGACAAACUACACUAAGAUUUAUCUGUACAGUGGUGAGCCUUCUUAUCUAGGAGACGACAACGCCAUCUUUGGUCAGCCAUCCAUGAAAACUUUGGCCACGGAUAUCAAAAAGUUUUACCACUCUUUCCGUCCACAUCAGUCAGUGAUUGAGAUUAUCCUCAGUCUGCUGGAGGCUUAUGAGAAGGUUGUGUUGGAGAAGAGCUUCUACUUGUACUACAACUUUGAGUACUGGUACUUGCCAAUGAAACCACCAUAUGUCCAAAUUACGUAUGAGGAAGUGCCUUUACCGUAAAUAACCCACCAUCACCAAAAUGCAAAUUAAUAUCAGUGUUAACUCCACUUGGUUUACAUUAGUUUUGGCAAGGCUUAUGCUUACGUUUGAAUUUAUACACUGUGAAUAAUCUGGAUAACCGUCAGUGUGUUUCAGAGCUGGCGUGAGCUGAUUUAUUCCUAGUGUAUGAGUAAGGAGUAAUUAUUUUCAUUACAUUCUACUUGUUUUUCUACAGUAUAGAUUUCAUGUGGGGGGGGGAAAAAUACC